CCCCCCCCCCCCCCCUCUCUUUUUCAUCUUUUCUUCUCUUUCUUUUCUCGCGUGCUGUGUGGUUCUGAGUUUGAGCCAAAGGGGCUCCCGCGGCACAGCGAUUGAAUGUUUUCAGAGUCUGGAAUUGAUUUUCAUGGGGAGUAUCCUUUCCCUUCCCUUCGACCUAUGGAUCUAUUAAACAUUUCUUACGCAGUUUAAAGGAAGCAGCAGACCGCCGGUUUUUCUCACCAUUUGCGGUUUUUCUCACCAUUCGCCGCUGAACGUCUGCUUCAGACUUUUGAGACCCCCUUCUUGCUGGAUGCCGGUAGUUUUGUCUCGGUCUAUCAAAGAGCGGAGUGGCCGCCAGGAGCGCGCCCACAGACGGCUGCAGCAGAGAGCUUGAACGGAGACCUGCCACCUCCAAAGGGACGCUUCAUCUGUCACUUCUGCCUGUGUGGACGUCCAUGUGCCCGCCUGUCCGGCCACAUGUUUGCGCCUUCUUCGAGCGAAGUCAGAUGUUCAGCUUUGAGGAGAUCGUUUCGUUCCGGGGCUUGUAACAGUUUUCAUGUCGCCUACUUGGUUUUGGUUUUUCCUCCUCUGGGGCGUUAACUGAAUUUCCCGAUUCCGUCCGCCGCGCCUCAACGGCCCCGCCAUCUUCUCCGGGAUGAGCCGAGCCUGCACGUGGUUGCUGAAGAUCUGUUUGCUGGCCGAGGUCGCCAACGCGCUCAACCCAUUUGCGGCACAGCAAACUCUGCCCGACCCCUGCUACGAGGAAGGCGGCGCGGCACGCAGGUGUGUCCCCGAGUUCAUCAACGCCGCCUUCGGCAAGGAGGUGCAAGUGUCCAGCACGUGCGGCCGCCCCCCCACCCGUUUCUGCAGCAUCCAGGAGCGGGACGAGCGGCCGGCCACCCGCCUGUGCCAGGUGUGUGACGCCUCGGAGCCGCGCAGGGCCCACCCGGCCUCCUACCUGACCGACCUCAACUCGGCGCACAACCUCACCUGCUGGCAGUCCGAGAACUUCAACCACUCACCGCACAAUGUCACCCUCACGCUGUCCCUGGGCAAGAAGUUUGAAAUCACCUACGUCAGCCUGCAGUUCUGCUCGCCGCGCCCUGAGUCCCUGGCCGUCUACAAGAGCAUGGACUACGGGAAGACGUGGACGCCGUACCAGUUCUACUCCUCGCAGUGCCGGAAAAUGUUCAGCCGGCCGAACAAGGCAGCCAUCACCAAGCAGAACGAGCAGGAGGCCUUGUGCACGGACGGACACACGGACUUGUACCCGCUCUCUGGGGGCCUCAUCGCCUUCAGCACCCUGGACGGCCGACCGUCGGGAAAGGAUUUCGACAACAGCCCCGUGCUGCAGGACUGGGUGACUGUCACCGACAUCCGCGUCGUCUUCAGCAGGCCGCACUUCCCACGCAACCAGGCGCCCAGUGAGGCUGGCAAGGAAGAGGAGUCACUCACGGGCACUUACUACUACGCCGUCGGCGAAUUCCAGGUCGGCGGGCGGUGCAAAUGCAACGGACACGCGUCGCGCUGCGUCAGGGACAAGGACGGCAAGCUGGUGUGCGACUGCAAGCACAACACCGAGGGCCCCGACUGCGACCGCUGCAAGCCAUUCCACUACGACCGGCCAUGGCAGAGAGCCAGCACCCGCGAGGCCAACGAGUGCCUGGCCUGCAACUGCAACCUCCAUGCCCGCCGCUGCCGCUUCAACAUGGAGCUCUUCAAGCUGUCUGGCCGCCGGAGCGGAGGCGUCUGCCUGAACUGCCGGCACAACACGGCGGGCCGCCACUGCCACUACUGCAAGGAGGGCUUCUACAGGGACCUGUCAAAGCCCAUCACGCACAGGAGGGCAUGUCGAGCUUGUGACUGCCACCCUGUUGGAGCAGCGGGUAAGACCUGCAACCAGACGACUGGGCAAUGCCCGUGCAAGGACGGAGUGACCGGCAUCACCUGCAACCGCUGCGCCAAGGGCUACCAGCAGAGCCGCUCACCUGUGGCCCCCUGCAUCAAAAUACCGACAGUCCACCCGACGUCCAUUGUCAGCAGCACAGAAGAGCCGGCCGACUGCGACUCGUACUGCAAGCCAACAAAGGGCAACCUGAAGAUCAACAUGAAGAAGUACUGCAAGAAGGACUACGCUGUCCAGGUGAACGUCCUCGACAUGGAAACCAUCGGCGACUGGGCCAAGUUCUCAGUCAACGUCGUUUCGGUCUACAAGAGCCGUGGCGAGCAGGCCAGACGGGGGGACCGCUUCCUGUGGAUCCACAUGAAGGACUUGGCGUGCAAGUGUCCCAAGAUUCAGAUGAGCAAGCGCUACCUGGUGAUGGGCAGCCUCGAGGGCACAGCCGAGAGGCCCGGCCUGCUGGCAGAUAAGAGCAGCCUGGUCAUCCAGUGGAGGGACGUUUGGUCUCGCAGACUUCGCAAGUUCCAGCGCAAGGAGAAGAAAGGCAAAUGCGACAAGGCGUGACGGCCCCCCGGUGCACAUUGGACAAUCCGUCACCGACACGAGGAGCAGCAGCUUCCGUGGAUCUCCUGUUAACGUGUAAAUAGUCGUCGGCUGGCGCCGCGUCUCGCUCUCGUAGAGCCGCCUGCCCGCCCGUCACUAACGCCGCCCGGUCCUCUAGCUUAGCCACAAUAAAGCAGACAUUCUGAUGCCACUCCUUCAA